AUGGCGUUAUACUACAAUUUGGUUUUCGGUUUACUAGUUAUUGAAAUGGUAUUAUUUGCCAUUUUAUCAUUACCAUUACCUUCAAAGAUUCGUAAGCCAAUAUUAACUGCAAUUUCAAAACCAUUUGAGAAAACUGAAUUCAACAUUGCGAUAAAGUGUAUUUUAGUGUUCAUUUUCAUCUUAUUUAUUGAUUCAGUCAAUAGAGUUAACAGUGUUAAUGAAGAAUUAACAGGUUUUUCAACAAAGGAAAAUUUAAACCCUGUUCAACAAACAAGUUUUAACCCAACUGCUGAUCGUUCAGAAAUUCAAGCUAGAAGAUUUUAUGCCCAAAGAAAUAUGUACCUUACUGGGUUUACAUUAUUUUUAACUUUGAUUGUUACAAGAACUUACAGAUUAGUUGCAGAAUUACUGAAUUUGAAAGAAACUUAUAGAUCAGAUCCUGAUCAUGUUUCUGCUAAUGAUGAAAUUGCUCAAUUGAAGACAAAAUUAAAACAAAGAGAUGAAGAUUUAGAAAUCUUGAAAAAUCAAGCUAAAAGUUUAGCUAAAGAAUAUGAUGAAUUGAGUGAUAAGGUCAAUAAGAGUGAAAAAUUAACUACUAUUGAAACUGAAACUAAAAAAUCCACUUGA